GAUAGCCACGGUUAACCGCAGCUUGGUUCUUUGAUAUGUCGGCCGUCUAGCUAGGGUCUUAGUUUGUUAUUCUGCUUGGUUUAUUGUUAUUCUGCCUCAAAUAUAAUUGUUUACCGAUAUUGAGUGUUCUUUUCCAGUGUUGUAUUUGUGGUUAUGUCGUCCUUUGGAGAGCGUUUGAAAGCGAGGAGACGAAUGCAAGAACAAAGCUACCGAACCAUGAAGAGGGUGAGACAGAAGAACAUGCGGGUAAUGAAUCAGCUGGACUGUCAGUGCCGAGUCCUGGACAACGAGAGAAAGAUAAAAUCGCACAGUCUCCAAAAAGAAAAAGAACUUCUGGAAGAUUCGAUACAGAAUUACAAGAGGGAGAGGAAGGCUGUUCAGAAAAAUAUUCUGAUGCUGCCGGAUGCUGCUGAGGAGCAGGAUUACGUUAUCAGAUCUACAGAAGAUAUUAGACUUCUCAAGUGUAGUUUGUUGAGACUUGUACAGGAUGAUGACAACGAAGAGCUUAACAUAAAGAAGUUCAAGAAACUACCCCGUGGUGCGUUCUUACCAAAGAUUUCUUUUGAUCCGCAAGUUCCCUUGAAGAUGAUUGAUCGGGACAUGAAGGAUCUGAGAAGAUUCAACCACAUUGAGCUCAGGGACAAACUGCUCGUAAGUCGAUUUAGGACGGCACAAAACGCGAGGUUGCUGCAUUCGUCUCUCCAGGAGAGGUACCACAGCUACAAUGUUGAUUCGUUUGGGAAAAGUAGUACAGCUGAGGGCAGGAGGAAACUUCCUGAUCGCUCUUACCAAUCUGUCUCUACCCCCUUUAGAAGAGGCUUGGAGCGCGAGGGUACUGCUGUAGCUGGACAAAUAUGCAAAGUCAGGGACAAAUAAAUUGUUUGAUUAAUGGGUAUUAGGUUUCAUCACAGGAACUAUGUUUUAACUAUAAACAUAUGAAAUUGGAUGCAUAACUGUAUUGAGUAUUGACUAUUGAGUUAAUGAGAUAUUUCUUGCUAUAGGAUCUGAUCGUCGGCGUGAUGUUAUACUGUUAUAGUGUGCGACGCUGCAGACCACGUGUAAUUUCAGGUCUAUUGCUGCUAUUAAAGCAUCCCUGGCUUGUGGUGCUUAGGUACUUUAUCAUGAUGCUACUACAAUUUGCGUUAUUUGCUUGAUGGUCGGAUUAUAUAUAGCCUAAGUAUUAUUGAAAAUUGAGUAUAUUUAUUUUUGUUUUAUGCAAUUUUUCUUGAAAUUUCGAAGACCCUUUGUUUAUGUAUGAGCGUUACUCAAUCUUUACUCUAAAAUAUUCCUUAAUUGUCCGUUUAACUUAUU